AUGCUGAAGGAGAGUCUCGUUUUUGGCCAAUACAAAAAUUGCACAAUUGCACCAGCGCAAAUACUUUCCAAUCAGCAGCCCUGCUUUUCACAUUUCCCCAAUCCUUGGCAGUUCCCGAACAAGAACAACCUUUCUUAUUCUCCCCAUGUCUUCGUCCGCAGCUAUUCCUUACGUAGUCAACCCUGCUUGCUCCUUUUAACACGACUAGCCGAUUUGCACAGUCAGGAAUCCAUUUUCACAUGGACCUGCAGAAAACGCUGGCCAUCUUUCCAAAGGCACAACACUUUAAAUAUCAUCGUCACCGUCCACCAUUCCGCAGCCCUCUUCCUGUUCUUCAUCCCCUUCUCCCUCAUUGUCGUACGGCAGCGCCUCCACCGUUUCCUCUUCCCCAGCCUCAGCCUCAUAUUCCCCAUAUGCUUCACCGUCAUACCCCUCCCCCCCUACCCCCUCCUCUCCAGCCUCUCCUGA